AUGGCUGCUGGAAAAUUUAAAAGAAUGCUCAACCGGGAGCUAACCCACCUGUCUGAAAUGAGCAGGUCAGGCAAUCAGGUCUCAGAAUAUAUAUCGAACACGUUCUUAGACAAGCAACAUGAAGUUGAAAUCCCUUCUCCGACGCAGAAAGAGAAAGAGAAAAAGAAGAGGCCAAUGUCCCAGAUCAGUGGAGUCAAAAAACUGAUGCACAGCUCCAGCCUGACUAAUUCCAGUAUUCCCAGAUUUGGAGUUAAAACAGACCAAGAAGAUGUUCUUGCCAAGGAACUAGAAGAUGUGAACAAAUGGGGCCUUCACGUUUUCAGAGUAGCAGAGUUAUCUGGAAACAGACCUUUGACAGUCAUCAUGUACACCAUUUUUCAGGAACGGGACUUGUUAAAAACAUUUAAGAUUCCAGUAGACACUUUAAUAACUUACUUGAUGACCCUAGAAGACCAUUACCAUGCAGAUGUGGCUUAUCACAAUAACAUACAUGCUGCAGAUGUUGUUCAGUCAACCCAUGUCCUGCUGUCGACCCCAGCAUUAGAGGCUGUCUUCACUGAUUUGGAGAUCCUUGCAGCAAUUUUUGCCAGUGCAAUACAUGAUGUAGAUCAUCCUGGGGUUUCAAACCAGUUUCUUAUCAACACAAGUAAGUUUGAUGUUCAGUGGUUUUCACAACAAUUUGCUGCAAGAUCUGGACAUAGCACCUGAAAAAUACACAGAUCAUUUCUUGUUUGUUUCAAUAUGUACCCUUUCUCAGUAAACAGAUAGUUGUUUGUAUUUUGGAGUGGAUAUUAUUUUGCAUUUCUUGUAACUUCGGAAAUAACAUACACAGUAUCCUGUAGC